UUGGUGUAUGGUCGAAGCAUAAUUUUAUUAUUUUUAUGUGGUGCUGUAUAAUUUGCAUAAUGUGGUGCGGUACUUCUUUCUGUUAUUUUAAAGUGCUGAAAUGGCAGCAAAGAAGCAAGAAACAAGUAUACCAAACUAUGUAAAAUUCAUAUUUGGUGGCUCAGCUGGAAUGGCGGCCACCAUGUUCGUCCAGCCGCUGGACCUGCUCAAGAACAGGAUGCAGAUGAGCGGCAUGGGCGGCGCGGCGCGAGAGCACAAGACCAGCUUCCACUUUGCGCGCGCCAUCGUGAUGAAGGAGGGCGUGCGUGGCAUGUACUCGGGUCUGUCGGCCGGUCUGCUGCGCCAGGCCACCUACACCACCACGCGGCUCGGCAUCUACACCGAGCUCUUCGAGCGCGCCAGCAAGGACGGGAAGCCGCCCCCUUUCUUCACCAAAGCCGCCAUCGCUAUGGUGGCCGGCCUGGUCGGCUCGUUCAUCGGAACCCCGGCUGAGCUGUGUCUGAUCCGGAUGACCUCCGACGGCCGGCUGCCCGAGGCCGAGCGCAGGAACUACAAGCACGCGUUCGACGCUCUGUUCCGCGUGGCACGCGAGGAGGGUGUGACUGCGCUGUGGCGCGGAGCCGUGCCCACCAUGGGCCGCGCCGUGGUGGUCAACGCCGCCCAGCUGGUCUCCUACUCGCAGGCCAAACAGUCGCUCAUGAGCACAGGUUACUUCAGCGACAACAUCUUCUUGCACUUCUGCAGUUCGAUGAUCUCCGGUCUGGUGACUACGGCUGCCUCAAUGCCGGUGGAUAUUGCCAAAACCAGGAUUCAGAACAUGAAGGUGGUGAACGGCGUGCCAGAGUACAGGGGCGGCCUGGACGUGCUCGCCAAGGUGGUACGCAACGAGGGUGUGUUCGCGCUGUGGAAGGGCUUCACGCCCUACUACGCGCGCAUCGGGCCGCACACCGUGCUCACUUUCAUCUUCCUGGAGCAGAUGAACAAGGCCUACAAGAAGUUCGUCCUGCACGACACCUCCUCGGGCGGCGGCGGGCUCUAGCGGACAGACGGGGUGAUAGCAGUGGAUGUAUCUGCCUAUAGAUGUCGCGUCGGUCGCGGUGGCGUUGGCCAGUCUUCCGAACGGCGCAGCGGCUGGAUGCGGCUCUCAGGCUUCUGUCGGUGCUAUUGUACUUGGUGCAUGUUUUCAGUGGGGACUGCUAGGAAACUUGUUGACCGAUCGUGAGAUCGGCUUAAGGAUAAUUACCAAUGAUGAUUUUCAAUAGGCAGUGUGUAUUGGCACGAAUGGUUUGUAUGUAUGUGGUGCGCAACUUUUCGCGUGUAUCUGACCCACAUGCAUUGCCUAAUUUUGGCAUACCUAUUUUACCGAACCCAUUAGAGACCACUCUGUGCGCCUGCUGAGUAUUUUCGGGUCCCAUCUCGUCGAGCGAGCCGCGCUGGUGCGCCGCUACCCCGCCUCUCUGCUGCACCGUCACGGGUCACGUCACGGCCGCCAGCGGGUGUGACGGGGGCACCGUGUCACGGCCACCGUCACGGGGCCGUGCCGACCCAGCCGGUCGGAGAAAACACGCACAGUCCGCGACUCGCGGCGAAUACACGUGUUCCGAGGCAGGGUGUCAAACCGCGGGGAGAGAGCAGGGGCGAGGGUAGAGGCGAGACUGAGAGAGAUGAAGAGUCCGUGCGAUGUGCUGGUGCAAUACACUACUCUCCAGGUUUAUGGAGAAAGAGCAA